AGCUCGUACAGACCAGAUAUAACGACUUCACUUCGCCUACCUUACGACCCUUCAACUCACUCCCUCCUUCUCUCUAACACAUACAUAUUUCACUCACACUCGUUGUUUCUGGAAGGCUUCUGAAUCGUCACCAUGUCUUUAAAAGUUCAGAACGCAAACAAUGUCAAGAUUUACACCGUCUCGGGCUCGAAGGGCUCGCGGUCCAUACCCGACUGGCUCGCAAGACGCAACAAAAAGGCGCUCAAGAACGACCUUGAAUGGAGACACCGUAUUGAGUUGAUCCAGGAUUUCGAGUUCCCAGAAGCAUCCCUCAAGAUCAGGACUACUCGCGAUGGAAAAUACGUUAUGGCAACAGGUGUAUACAAACCUCAGAUGAGAGUAUACGAGUAUGCUGAGAUGUCCAUGAAAUUCGAUCGCCACACCGAUGCCGAGAAUGUCGACUUUCAGAUCUUGUCGGACGAUUGGACAAAGACUGUUCACUUACAGGCUGAUCGCAGCAUCGAGUUCCAGGCCCAGGGCGGCCUCCACUUCAGGACCAGGAUCCCAAAGCUUGGACGAUCUCUUACAUACCACUAUCCUUCAUGCGAUCUUCUCGUCACUGCAUCCUCAAACGAAAUCUAUCGAAUCAAUCUGGAGCAAGGCCGAUUCCUGAAUUCUUUGGUCACGGACGUGGACCCUACAGGAGGAAACGGAGUCAACUGCGGAGAAAUUAACCCUGCACAUUUACUUUACGGAUGUGGAACAGAUGCAGGAACGGUCGAGUUUUGGGAUCUUCGCGUCCGAGGCAGAGUCGGUAUUUUGGCGCCUUCAUUGCCCGAGAGUGUGCUCUCGUCCUCCCUGAGUAUUUCCGCCAUGAAGUUCAGGGAUGACGGUUUGACGAUGGCUGUCGGAACAUCUACAGGACAUGUGCUCAUGUAUGAUCUUCGCAGCAGCGUCCCACUCUAUGUUAAAGACCAUCAAUAUGGAUUCCCUAUCAAGAGUCUGACCUUCCAUGAGGGCACCCAGGGCGAGGAUGGUCGCAGCAAGGUCGUCUCUGCAGAUUGCAAAAUUAUCAAGAUUUGGGACAGGGAGAAUGGCAACAACUUCACGUCAAUCGAGCCUGUCAACGACAUCAACGACGUCUGUGUGGUUGACAAUUCUGGACUGAUGUUUGUGGCGAACGAGGGCAUCCAGAUGCAGAGCUAUUACAUCCCGGCGCUCGGACCUGCGCCAAAGUGGUGCUCUUUCCUGGACAACCUUACAGAGGAAUUGGAGGAGAACCCUGUCCAAAGCAUUUACGACGAUUAUAAGUUUGUUUCCCGCAAGGAGCUGGCCUCGUUGGGACUGGAUCACUUGGUCGGAAGUGCAGUGUUGAAGCCAUACAUGCAUGGAUUCUUUAUUGAUCUACGACUGUACGAAAAGGCCAAGGCGAUCGCCAACCCAUUCGCAUACACCGAUUACCGCGAGAGAGAGGCCAAGGAAAAGUUGGCCAAGGAGGCUGGUUCUCGCAUUCGUGCGACUAUGAAGCUGCCCAAGGUCAACAAGCUACUGGCAGCCAAGAUGAUGUCGGACGAGGCCAAGGCCCGUCGCAAGGCCGGUGUCGACGUCUCUGCAACAUCAGAGGGCGGAGCACUCAAGGACAGCCGUUUCGCAGAUUUGUUCACGAACCCGGAUUUCCAGGUGGACGAAGAAACCAACGAAUUCAAGUUGCUCAACCCAGUGCAAUCAACUAAGAAGCCCAGCUACCGCAUUGUGGACGAGGACGAGAUCGAAGAAGCCAGUGGAGCCAGCCAGAGCGAUGGCAGCGACGUGGACUCGGACGAGGAUCUUGUUCGUGUGAGCAGCUACAAGUCUGGAAGGGACAACAAGAAGAAGUCAGAGCAGAUCACGUCCAUCCGUUCGGGCGUCAAGGAUCGCAAGCGUAUUCCCAAGAUGGAGGCGCUCAAGCAACAAGCGAACAGCAGCUCAGGCCCUACCCUCAAGUCACAAGCACAAAGAUCAUUUGCGGAGCGCGUGGCCAGGGACAAGAACAGUUCCAACUCAAUCUCUCGCUCCACUUCGGGCGGUAUGGAAAUGUCGUUCCAGGUUGGUGGCGGCCGUGGUGGCGGCCGUGGUGGCAGGGGUGGACGAGGAGGCCGUGGUGGCAAAUCAUCAAAUUCAACAACAAGAAACAGCGAAGGCGGCGGCGGCGGAGCACAGCACAGGGAAAGGAGGAGUGCAGGACGCAACACUAUCCGCAAUCUCUAGAUCCAUACUUCGGUUUCAUAGCUUCAUACCACCAUCCAUUCGCAUCCUUUUUUCGUGUUUGUUGUCAUCAUUCGUAUUACAUUGCAUUUUUUUGAUUUCCUUUGAGCAUGUUGAACACACAGUAAACCAACGCCAUGUUAAUCA